GUCAGGAAAUCACACAGUAAUAGUACUUCACCCAGUAAUGUGAUCUCUCUGUUUUUGCUCUCUGCCAUUCACUAUAUAACUGUCCAAUCAAUUAACCAAAUCUCUCAGAUCAGUGUGAUAAUUCAAUGAAUGAAUAAGAACCCACGGAUGUAAUUAAGUUCUUAAGAGAUUGAAAAAUAGGAAGCGAAGUAGUAGAGAAUCGGGUGCCAAACCAAGGAGAGAAUUCAUUACAUUCAUCACACCUCGAGAGUAAUUCUUCAGAUUUGAACGAAGGAUUUCAGAGCUGGUUGUCUGCGCCAUGGCCUCAAAUUGGAAGGAAAAAUCUCCUUCAGAGGAGACUUUGAAAUCUCUUGAAGGGGUACGAAGUGAUAACCAAAACGACUGCUUCUUGGUCCAAUCAGAAGAAUCAACUUGGGGCUGGUUCGCGUUCAGGCCACGGUGCCUUCAAUGGCUGAACAGUUCAAGAUUUUUGAUGGCUGUACUGUUUUUCCUGACUAUCACUCAAGGAAUGGUUUCUCUAACAUUCGUACCCAUGUCACUACCAUCCUUAGAGAGGCGCUUCUUGCUCAACAGCAAACAAACAGGUACAUUGAUCUCAGCUGCUGAUAUCACGUCUAUGAUCUUUGGUACUCUGGCUAGUUUCUAUGGCGGACACAGUCACAAGGGCAAGUGGUUGGGGUGUGGAGCCAUCAUAUCUGGUCUUGCUUCUGCGAUUUAUUCACUGCCACACUUUUUGAUUGAAGAUUACGAUCCACAGUCAGUUUCAACAAAGAGCCUUCCAUUCUGUGUUUCCAAUAAAACCUUCGUCGCCAAAGACGAGGAUUGUUUAACAACCGCCAGAUCUUCCUCUUCAUACUACUUUAUUUUCAUCUUGGCCCAGCUUCUCUCAGGAGUAGGAUCUUCACCUCUUCUAUCACUCGCCCCUGCUUGGCUCGAUGAAAAUGUCCACCCCAAACAUACUGGUUUGUAUCUUGGUAUGUUUUUCACUGCAUUCAUUAUUGGACCAGGCAUCGGCACUAUGAUUGGUGGAAAACUACUGGAGGUGUAUGUUGACAUUAAGAUGCCUCCAGGGUUGCAGCUCAGGCCUCUCGACCACCGUUGGAUAGGAGCUUGGUGGCUAGGACCGUUCGUCUUUGCCUUCUUUCUUAUUAUCUCCGGGUUUAUUUUGCUUGGCUUCCCAAGUAAGGUCCCUGGUGCUGUAGAAAUGAGAGAAGAAGCUAUAAAAAAUAAAUAUAUAAUCGGUAAAGACAACAACUUGCAAGGGCGACUGAAAGACAUUGUUCCCGCCACGAAGUCUUUGUUUACCAACAAGGUUUACAUAUUUCAGAUAUGUGGUAUGAUCUCGGGUACCUUUGCGUGGUACGGAGCGGGUCCAUUUCUGUACAAGAUCAUUCGUGAUCGAUACGGUGCACCUCAGUUCCUGGCAGGACUCUUCAUGUCUAUCUUAUCCCUCAUUGGCGGGAAUGUUGGAGUGUGGAUAGGAAGUGCAGUGGUCAGAGGUCUUGGUUUACGUGACUCUUGUCGCAAAGCUGCCAAAUUUGUCUUCUUUGCUAACAUUUUCACCAUGUCGAUUCUUUCUUUCCUGGUUCCCGGAUGUGAAUACCCUCGGUACGCAGGUGUUGAUGUACCUUAUCCAAACAGUUCUCUUGGACAACUACAACUGUCUAGCUCCUGUAAUAUUAACUGUCACUGCACAACGAAUCAGUACAGUCCAAUGUGUGAUUCACGUGGUGUAAACUUCUUCUCUCCCUGUUAUGCUGGCUGUUCUCCGCUCGAUGCAAAAAAGGGAUUUGCAAACUGCUCUUGCACAUCUAUUCCUAGUAAACUAACGAUGGGUCCUUGCAAGAAACGCUGCAGUUAUUUGUAUUUAUUUGUGGGAUACUUGUUCAUAAUGACCGUCAUUGGCGUCUGCGAUCAAAUACCAAGCGACAUUGUCCUGUUCAGGUCAGUGCCUGACAAUCAGCGAUCCUACGGCCUUGGAAUUCAAUUCGUCCUCAGCAAACUAAUGGCAGCUUUGCCUGGUCCAAUCAUAAUCGGUUACAUCAUCGACGAGACUUGCUCCCUAUGGAAAACAAAAUGCAGCCAAAGGGGCAACUGCUUGAACUAUGACUACGAUAAGCUGGGCUGGAUCAUUGUAUCGUAUGGGCUGCCACUCAAAGCUUUGUCGCUGAUGUUUUAUUUCUUGUCCUGGUACUACUGCAAAGAACUUGAGAUCCGAGUUGCCACGACAACGGAUGACGUCAACAAAACCGAGUCUAAUUGCAAAAGUACUGCUGUAUGAAGGCUUCGAUGGAUGG